UUCGCCUAACUAAUUUUGUUGAUUAGCCACGCAUAAUUCCUGCCGUUUGUUUCAUUUCAUCCUAAAAAUUUGAAUUUUUUUUCUAGUAUAUGUGCUUUCGAAUUUCUAAUUCAAGAUUUUAGUGCUUAAUUGUGUGAUGGAGUAACGUGUCUCUGGUGUUAAGAUGAAUUUUGAAUUUCAGAGGUAUAUUCCUUGGUUUGGAUCCCAUCCAAACAAGGAUAUAUCUUCGCCUAUCACGGGUACCAGUACCCUGAUAGAUGCACCUAAUAAGAAGGGUAACGAGUCCAGAUUCUGGGAAUGGUCUCUUUUUACAUUUAUUCCUUGGGCUAUGAGAGCCACAGAUAAAAUUCAGCUGCCGGCAACUGUCAAUAAGGGGCUGAAAAAACGUGGACAGCCUCGUGCAGACAUUGAAUCUUUCACGGAGUAUUCUAGCAUAAGGUUCAGGCCUUAUGUUUCAAGGGUUCCAUGGCAUACAGGUCCAAGAGGUUUUCUCUCUCAAUUAUUUCCACGAUACGGGAAUUACUGUGGGCCCAACUGGUCGAGUGGGAAAGAUAGCGGAUCGCCUAUCUGGGACAAAAGGCCAAUUGAUUGGUUGGACUUCUGCUGCUACUGCCACGACAUAGGAUACGACAGUCAUGAUCAGGCCGAGCUUCUCAAGGCAGACCUGGCAUUCUUAGAGUGCUUGGAGAGGCCGAAUAUGAGCACGAAAGGAGAUCCUCGCGUGGCCUAUCUGUACAAGUUUAUGUGCAUUUCAGGGCUUAGGAGUGUAUUAAUACCUUACAGACAGCAGCUUGUGAAGUUGCAGACUGGGAAGCAAUUCCUUCCUCCAAUGUGGCUCAGCAAAAAUAUGAAAUGGAAAGGUUGGAAAUUAGAUUAAUGGGUUGAUUUAGUGUCUGUACAUGCUUCAUAGAAACUCUUUUUUAGAAUCCAAUGAUCUAUUCGUGUAAAUAAUGUACUAUAUUAUUCACUCUGUACUUGAGCAGUUACUACUAAAUUUGUAAAUAUUGCAUGACUA